AUGGACAAGCUAUUAUUUGUGCUGCAGAUCUUGUACAACUCUCCCGUUGACAUCUUCCUCCUCAACCCUCCACAAAAUUGCGUCCAUCCCAGACCCUUGCAAGUCCGAAAGGACGCCCGGGACCUCUUCGAUAGGGAGGAUAGUAUAGUGCAGAAAUCUCUCGUAAGGCUCAAGGAGAUCAUCGGCUACCAAGUCUUGUACACGGCAGAAUGGCACAUGCUGUGGGCCGAGCUGGGGUCUCUUUGGCCCGACAUGACGACUUUCGUCCCUGCCUGUGCCAGAGUGGUGGAGGCUUGGUGCGACACUCUAGGCAGGAGAUUAGAGGACGAGCGAUUUGAGUGUUGGACAGAAGCUUUUCUCGAAAGGCUGAAGGUUGUGAAUGUGGUGAAGUUGUCUCUCCAAGUCGCACCCGAUGAGACCAGAAUCCGGACAGCCUGGUCGGGGCCGAAGCCGGCAUUAUUCACCAUCUCGCUGCCCAAAACCGCCACCUUGCAGAAGGAGGCACAAACUGCUGCGUCGGCUUUCGCUGAGGACUUUGAAUCCAUGUUUGACCCUCCAAAGCCAAGUGGUAGCACCUCGUCCUUGCAACAAGAGGUGAAUGAGCAACACCCGACCCGUUCUCGUGAAGACGAAGACGACUGGGCGGAGUUGGAGUCGGUCGCUGAUACCACGAAGAGUACCAGCAUCAGCACGACCGCAAACCGUGUGCCUUACCCAGGUCCCCUGGAACCGAACGCCGAUAUCUUGCCCGUGCUGGAGACGCUGCCUAGGCCCGAGAUCCUCUUCAGCACCACGACCCCCUACGUCAUGCUGGUGUCGUUGAAUGCACCGAACCAGAUCACCAUACACGGCACGCAUGAGCCUAGUUUGCGACUUUUGGCGGAGUAUCUGCAGCGCUGGAUCAGGACGGAUCCUCAAGACGUCCGCAAGAUCCCGUACCUGCGCAUCAGGCUGAACGAGUCGAUCUUUGGCCUCGGUCUUUUCCGUGACUCGUUGACCGUUGAGCCUUACGACCACCAUCAAAGUCGGCAUGUGGUGGUCAACGUAUCGCUUGUCCUUGCGUUUAUCCAGGGAGUCUUGGGGUAUCAACGCGUCCAUGAAGCUUCGGGAGCUGGUCGGUGGGAGUUCAGGAGGGACACACCGUUCGCGGCCUGAUCGAACUCCCCCGGAGACUCAAGCAGCGCUUGAUCCACCCCCAAUAGCUUCACCUCGUGCGCCACUUGUGCAUGAAGCUCUUGGUCGUCCAGGGAAAUGACUUGUUCCAGGGGUUUAUUGGUGGGCUGUUCACACCAAACAGUGUUUUGCACCUUGGUCAGUGCGGGUCUGUGUCUUGGAUGAAGCAUUCCGCUUCGUAUAGGUCUUCAGCACCGUGGACUUCUGUUGCCUUCCUCGCGGUAAUGAUGAAACGACGAUUGAUGCG